AUGGCUGUUGGAGGGACCGGACCCAAGAGGCAAAAUCGGAAAAAGCAAAAGAGCCCUCCCUAUAAGGGGCAACGACGGCUAGGAGUCAAGUCAGCUCAGCGGAGCAACGACGGAGUGUAUAUGCGGAUGGACGACCUCGGGAGGGAGAGGAAGAGGGAGGUUGGCGUUGGAGCGAGGACGAGGGUGAGGAUACGAUGGGGGAUAAACAGCAAUGAUGUAGCGAGGUACUGUCUACCUUGGCGGAGCACUGUCCACGGCUCUCUCCACGGCGAAUUUGCCCAGCUCAGCUCACAAUCCUAUUUAUUCCUCGUCGCCCUCGUUAGUGGCAUUCGGCUGCAAGCCCUCCAGAUCCUCAUCCAACUCCAGCAAAGAGACGCAGAGGCGCUAAGGCGUAAAGGAUAA